AUGUAUGUCUCAAGUGCUAUCGUGCACAAGUUCUUGUGCGUGUGCGUGCAAGUACUCUACUUACAGAGAUUCAGUUCAGAGGCAGCAGUAUCUCACAGUCAUCAUGAAGUUCUUGAUCCUCGCCGCUCUGGCCGCCGUGGCCGCCGCCGUCCCCCAGGGAUACGGUGCUCCCCCUCCCCGCUACGGUCCAGCGAGGAGAUCGCCAUCUUGAGGAACGACUUCGUGAUCGAGGACGACGGAAGGUACAACUUCGACGCGGAGACUGCCAACGGCAUCGUGGUGUCCGAGCACGGCACUCCCGGACUUGAGGGAGCCAUCAACAGCGCCGGAUCCUUCUCAUACACCGCUCCUGACGGCACUGACGUCCACCUCCAAUUCGUUGCUGACGAGAACGGCUUCCAGCCCCAGGGCGCCCACCUGCCCGUGGCUCCGAGUUCCCCACCCGAGUACAAUGUAGAUUUAAAAAAUAAAAAUAAAAUAAAAGAAAAGAAUCUGGAAGUUUCAUCUGAACGAGAAUGCAUAUGGACUCCCUUCUGCAGUGGAAUCCUUCUGCAGUGGCCCUCAAACAGAAAAGAUAAUAAAACUGAAGAAUGA